UGCGCAGACCUUCAGGAAUAGCGAGUCAAAGUCACCACCCGAGAGCAAAAGAACCACUUCGAGCUGGUCCCAACCGGUGGAAGCGGAUCCAGCAGUUUGACCGCAGCGAGCGUCCUCUAGGCGCGACCCACGCGGGAUCCUGCGUUCAUGCAUGUGCUCGGCGUGUCAAAUGACGGGGUGCGUAGGGUAUAUAAAAGACUUUGAUAUUUUUAUAAUGGCCGCAUCCAUAAUGAUGCGUUCGGCGGGCCCGCAGGCUCACGUGACCUUCCUGACGGCAGGAAGCACGAGAAGCCAUUUGCCUUUGCAAAACUCCUCGAGGUGCCCCUGCACUCACAUCACAGGCAACAUUUGGACUUUAUGUAUAUACCUACUCGACAAAAUAUAUUUAGUUGACUUUGUUUCAAUAUAUUUUAUUUACAAAGCUAAUUCCAAUGAAGUUGGAAUGUUGUUAAAUAAUUGAAUACACGACAAAGGUCGCCUUUUUAAGAGCAUGGCUGCGUCCGCCCGCUUUUAGCCGACGUUGAUUUGAUGUUGAUCGUAUUUUGAAGCACACGUGUUUUUGAUCCUUCUGCCGGGUGUUUUUGGGACUCCAUGCAGUUUGAUCAAAUCCUCCAGGAUUCCCUGCCAGCCUGGUCCGCCCGCAGCUGCGCCUGCGCCGCGCGCCGCCAGGAUCUCCACUGGAUGGCGUCGGCCGCGCGCACGCACGUUUGCGUCACUGGCGCGUUCCGGAGCGGAAGGGGGCAGGGCAGGACAGGACCCUCCCAGGGAGGCGAUCCUCUGAGGUGAUCCCCCGGUUUAAAAGGCGCUCCAGUGUGCUGAGCGUCACGGUCACAGGCGAACCAACGGAACCAGGAUCCCCCCCACCCCCCUUCCCUACCACCACUCCCACACACACACUACAGAGGAACCCUUCUGGAUUCCCCUCUUUCGUACAAAAAAAGGUUAUUUCGAACCUGGGGAAUACUGCAACUGUAGUGCUUCUAUGGAUCACAAAGUGAAUCGUUUGGCAUCCGAAGCAACAGUUUGACAUCACUUUGUGCUCUUUGGGCUUCCAAAAGGAGAUGAUGAAAUCUGCCGAGGAGGACGCAUAUGGCUACACGCCCAAUGUCAGCCUCUCCAUCCCACUGGGCAACCCUUGCCUCGCACCCCAGUACCUGAGCCUCCAGUCCAGCCCCGUCAUCUCGGUCUCUGAGGCCCACGUCUUCGAUAGCCAGGACGAGCUGAGCGCCGCCGGCUAUUACUCGGUCCGUCCGAACGGGGCUCCCGCCCUGGAGAGCCCUCGCAUCGAGAUCACCGCCUACAGUCAGUUCCCGGAGGACGAGGCGGAGCAGGACAGCCUUCCCGUGGCCAAGCGGGUCAACUCCGUUGUUACGUUGACCCUCCCCAGUGCAGAUGGUUACCGCGAUCCAAGCUGCCUAAGUCCGGCCAGCAGCGUCUCUUCCCGCAGUUGCCAGUCAGAAGCGUCAUCUUACGAGUCGGGCUUCUCGUACAACUACGACCAAUCGCCGCAAAACUCUCCCUGGCAGUCGCCCUCGGUGUCCCCCAAGGGUUCCACCCUGGCCCUGCCUAGUAGCUCGCCGCGACACUCCCCUUCCACAUCGCCUCGCAUAAGCGUGACGGAUGACCCCUUUGUUGGCCGGGGCAGCUCCAGGCCUAACUCCCCUUGUGGUGCCAAGAGGAAGUACAGCUUUAACGGUGGCGGGACAGCACACAAGCACUGCCAGCACACGCCCAACCACUCCCCGGGGCCGUCACCCCAAACCUCGCCCCGACUCAGCGUCACCGAGGAUUCCUGGCUUCCUAACACCAACCAGUACACCAACUCGGCCAUCUUGGCGGCCAUUAACGCUCUGAGCACGGACGGCAUGGCCGACCUCGGGGAAGGUAUACCCAUGAAAGCUCGGAGGACCAGCUUGGAGCACAACCCCACCGUCAGCCUCAAGCUGGAGCCCGGCGGCGAAGAACUGACACCCGGGGAGUUCUGUCGAGACGAACACCUCUCCAACCGCCUGCCUCUGAAAAAGGAGGCAUACUGCGGAGGUUUCCUCGAUGUGCCUCAGCACCAAUAUGCCUGGUCCAAGCCCAAGCAGUUUGUCAGCCCGUCUCUGCCGGCCCUCGACUGGCAGUUGCCAUCCAGCUCAGGACCUUACAGCCUACAGAUCGAGGUCCAGCCCAAGUCCCACCACCGUGCCCACUAUGAGACUGAAGGCAGCAGGGGGGCGGUGAAAGCGCUUGGCGGAGGACACCCCAUCGUACAGCUGCACGGCUACGUGUCCAAGGAGCCGCUGACGCUGCAGCUGUUCAUCGGCACGGCGGACGAACGUCUGCUGCGGCCACACGCCUUCUACCAGGUACACCGCAUCACGGGCAAGACCGUGUCCACGCCCAGCCACGAGGCCGUCUGCAACAACAACACUAAAGUGCUGGAGAUCCCCCUCCUACCUGACAACAACAUGCGAGCCAUGAUCGACUGCGCGGGGAUCCUCAAGCUGCGCAACUCGGACAUCGAGCUGCGCAAGGGCGAGACGGACAUCGGCCGCAAGAACACACGUGUGCGGAUGGUGUUCCGGGUCCACAUCGGACAGGCCGGCAACAGGACCAUUUCCUUGCAGGCCGCCUCCAAUCCCAUCGAGUGUUCCCAGAGGUCGGCCCAAGAACUGCCCCUGGUCGACAAGCAGAGCGUGGAGUCCAGCGCUGCCCCCGGAGGCCAAACCAUGAAACUGGACGGGCAUAAUUUCCAGGCUGACUCCAAGGUGGUGUUUGUGGAGAAGGCUCAAGAUGGGCACCACAUAUGGGAAACCGAGGCCAAAGUGGACAGAGAUACCUCCAAGCAUAACAUGCUCCUGGUGGAAAUACCGCCUUACCGCAACCAGCAUCUCUCCACGCCAGCGCACGUCAACUUUUACGUCUGCAACGGCAAGCGGAAACGGAGUCAAUACCAGCGCUUCACUUACGUGCCUUCCGCAGUUGCGACCAUCAAAACCGAGCCGCGGGACGACUACGACGCCCCUCUGGCGUGCGCCCCCCUCGGGCCCAGCCUCUCCGUGCACCCCAAGCCCUACUUCCCGCCUCAGUUGACGUACACUCAGCAAACGUCGGCGCCCAAGCCCACCCCGAGCACCAGCCCCAAACUGCACGACUUGUCGCUGCCUCCGCCCUUCCCCUUGCCCCACGUCUCCAUCAUCCAGGAGACCCCGGCUCGCUUCCAGCCACCGUCUCAGCCGUCCACGCCCGAGGGGGGCUUCUCCCCCGGUGGCAGCCCUACCAAGGUGCCGGAGAGCGGGGGACGGCCUUCGCUGCGGGACGACGGCAGCCCGCCGUCGUUGGGCGUCAGCAUCAAGGAGGAACCGCAAGAACUGGACCAGAUGUACCUCGACGACGUCAAUGAGAUCAUCAGGAACGACCUGUCGAGCAUUUCGGUCCACAGCCACGCGUAGGACAACGAGUCAAAAGGACACUUGAAACGUGCUUGGUGGGUCUCCACAAAUGAAUCGCCAUGACCACCAGGGUUUGUUUUUUCCUCUUUUAGCCCCUUUCAAUUCAAAAAAAAAAAAAAAGGACCAACUAUCAUUCCUUGUCCAUCAUGUGCUGCACUUUGCCUACCAGUUAAGUCCUGAAUAUACAAUUCGCAAGAGUUCGAAGGAAAAGUGCCUUUCUUAUAACAAGCAAAUAUUUUUAAGCACACAUUAGGUUGGUUUAAAUAUUUUUAAGGAAUUCCUUUUAAGCAUUUUUAAAAUCCAAGCACUCAAGCUGUGGUAUGUUUUUUUUUUUUUUAAUGCUUUUCAUGCACUUAUUGUACAGUUUUAAUGUAUUUUUUUAUGCACUCUGACAAUCUAUUAUGAAUAAUAUUCUGUAUGACUACCAAAGAACAAAUCAUCUCAAAUCCAGGCAAAGCUUGACUUUACAUUGCUGCCAAGACCAAAGAAUUAAAAACUAAUCUCCGGCAAUUAUAAGCACAUAGUAAUAUUUGAAGGUUUUAAAAUAUUUAUUCUGCUUGCAUGUGCUCUGUGUAUCCAUGCUUAUCAUGCAGCCUCUUACAAUUUUUUUUUCUUUUAAUACACAUGUAUUUAUGAGUCUUAAUGCAUCUCAUUGAAGUCUACCAAAGAAUCCUUCUUCGGCCACUUGUUAAUAUCAUCUACCACGUGUUGGAUUUGUAUGUUUAUUUGUUAGUCGAUCAUCCGCACGAUACAAACGAAUAGCAGAGAGAAUCUUGCUUAGUUACUUUUUUUUUUUUUUUUUAAUAUGGACAUGGCAACAAUUUGUUCAACGCAAUAAAGUACAUUUUUUUUAAUACGGAUAAAUGUGUGUGAUGUCAUUUUAGCUGCAUUUUUUUUUUUCGAUGUAACGGACAGGUUGACACAACUGCUUUAAAUACAACUUUUUCUUUGCUUUAUUAAGUUGAGGGAACAAGGGUGAAUGUCAACAUUUGCAAAUCAAAUGGAGAAUACAAAACUUAGCUAAAUGUGUUUUUUUUUUU